CUCUCCCUCUAUCUCUGUCUCAUAGGGGUUUAGGGUUUAAGACUCUCCCAGAAAUUUGGAUUAUUUCUAACUGAUUCUGAUCAUCAAAUCUCUUUCGGGCUUGUGUAAUUAUCUUCUCAUAUCACCAAAUCACUUAAUUUUCGCGAAAGUUUCAUGCUUUACCCUUUUUCUCGGUUAUGUGAUUUGAACCACUCUUUAGUUAGCCUUUGAGAUCAAAGAAGAAAGUUGAGAGCUUUUUGUUUGAGGGGUUUAAUGGCGCGUAAACCAAAGUCAAGAUCUGAUAUCGAUAUCUCAGAUUGUGCUGGAAAGCAGCAAGCUGAUGAUGAUGAUGUUGGUAAUGGAGUUGGGUUUCAAGAGGAGGACGUAGAAGUUGAUAUCGAGGGGUGUGUAAAUCAGAGGGAUGAUGAGUUUCAAGAGGAAGGAGAAGAAGAGGGUCUGUCUGAAGCGUCUUCUUCUUCGAGUUCUUUUGGUGAUUCAAUGUGUUCUCGUGAUGCUGAUGAUUCUGGUUUUGGUGAUGGAGAUGAAGCUCAGUCUAUUUUAAGCAAAGAUUACCCACUGCGUGAUGGGACUGAGGGUUUGAAUAAGAAGAAGACGGAUGAUCGGUGGCAGAGAUUGACCAAGGCUAUACAGUGGCGAUCCACAUGGAUUGAGCUCAAGGUUAAGGAGUUUGUGUCUCAAGCUAGAGUGUAUGAUAAAGUACUUCAAGAUUGCGGUUUGACUAAACAAUUUAAUUUGGAGAAGGCGAAAUUGGAAGGAUUUUAUGGGAAAUCUAUUCCUUUUCGUGAACAUUCUCAAAGUAGGAGUGUUUUUAAAAGAGGAAGAAGGAAACGAGUAGAAGAGACGACAGAUGUUGCAGCUUAUAUGUCUAACCAUAAUCUUUUCUCUUAUGCUGACAAGCGGGUGCCAGUAAAUGUUAAAGCGCAGUAUCUUGAACCAGAUUUGGGUACAGGCCGCAAAGCUACAGGCAAGCAAGAUGGAACUGAAGAUGAUUGUCUUCUUUCUGAGUUAGAUUGUUCUGAUGAUCUCCUAGCAAAGCUUAUGUGUAAGAUUGAUGAGGCACAGGGCAAAGCAAGAGGAUUGAGGAAGCGUGUUGAUCAGUUGAUGUGGGAUUCUCAGAUCCCUCAAACGACAGAUCCCUGUCAUCAAGACUUUACGGUACAAAAUGGCAAGGAAUGUGCUAUUGUUGAAGAUCCCUUGACUCGUAAUCAGAGAGAGGCGAGUGUGCAAUGUAUAUCUGCUGAUCAUACCGAACAUCUAUUGGUGCCUCAAACUCCUCCCACUCAAAUUGGUGGGCAAUGUUUGACUAACAACUCUCCAAUUUCAUCUAAAAGCUUAAGAUUCCACCCUAUCCUUGAAGACCUGCUAAUGGAUGACAAAGAGAUGAAUGAUGAUGACUUUGAAGCGGACGAUGAGAAGCUUGAUUAUUUCAGGAAGCUAAUCAAUGAAAUAACAGGCGUGGUAUCACCAGAUGAAGCAAAACCAGAAGAAGAUCCUACACCAGCUACCAAGAGGCGUAAAACCUCUCACUGAAGCUCUUUCUCUGUACAGAGCCUUUGCUUCCUGCCUGAUGAGCCAAAAACCCAUGUCCAUUAAGCUCUCUGAAGAUAGUAAUAUGCUAUAUCUAGUUCAUUUCUCUCUCUCUCUCUCUCUCUCUACUAACUCUUUGGAUUUGGCUCUUUGAAAAUUCUGAGACCAGAAUAGGUUUCAGAGUUUGUGCACAGUUUUGUGACUUAGAUCCGUAUCAUAGGCUAUUAUAUUUCUUGUUCUAUAAGAGUCAUAGACCCUUUAUUAUUCUAAAUUCAAAUCUUAUUGAGCUUUCUCUGUGGAGUA